GUAGCUGGGAAUUCUUGAGAUGGUCGACGGAAUUUCUGGAAGCGGAGGAGGAGGCGCGGCGGAGCAGGUGGAGGAAAGAUGCGGUGGGAAGCGACGCUGGCGGAAGAGGCGGUGGGCGGCGACCAGGGCGGCGGACGAGGCGGCGGCGGGAGUGGAAGUGGGCGGGAGUCAACGAUUGCAGGCCUCCCGCUCCCAUGGCUGUGAGAAUUGGACGGCAGAGGAAAUCGAAAUGAAAGACGAAAAAGGCUCUGAGAGAAGAAGAGGGGCGGAGCGGUGGUCAGCAUUCGCAUCGGAAAAGGGAGAGGAGAACACAGCUGUAGAAGCAGGAGGAAAAAGAAAGAAAAAAAGAGAGCCGGGCCCACAUAUUUGCAUUAUAGGCUUGUAAAAGAAUAAAAAAACAUCUGGGCCCACCGAAGAUGGCCGAUUGCAAUCGUGCAUAGUAAAAUUAAAUGGAAAGUAAAUUAAGAAAGCCACCUGAUUGGUGGAGCUUCACCGAACGGCGUCGUUUUACAUGGAAGUUGGCAGAAAGAAAAAGGAAAA